AUGACACCUUACAAACUUUUGAAAAGGACAGAUGGAAAUCUAUUUCCUGUUGCUAUUGGGGAGCUUAGCUGGCGCAUCCCCAGAAGGGUUGAGCUCGUCCCAAGCCUCAAUCCACGUCACCAUGGCCUCCGCCAGCUUUGUGAAGUAAGGAUCAAUGGCCGAAAGUUUGUCCUUGACUUGCUUGGCCAGCUCAAUGUAGCAGUGCUGGACUGUUGUGCAUUCUUUCGGAAAAGUUCACAAACGGGUUGCUGGCUUUGCUGUGCCAUAUGUAGGGCAAACCUGUCUUCACUCCCAGUUUACCUUGGUGCACCAGCCAGCCCACAUGUCGUCAUAUCGCCCGAUUGGCUGACCAUCGCCCAUGAGCCCGAAGUACAUAGCGGGCCCAAUCAAAUCCCGAUUGAAGCCCAAAUUCAUACCACACAUCGGGAAGAUAGUUCCCUUGGGAAUCGUCAAAACUGCAUCCACAUAUCUUAA